GGGUGACCGUCACGUGACCUGGCGAGGCGGCGGUACUGGGCUGAGGGAAUGUGGGUCCUUGCGGGGCUCGGUGGCGGGUUAUUGGGGCGUGGGGGUUCCUGUAGGGUUGGGAAGGGAAUAUGCGGCAUCCCCCUGGAGCUGUGGGUGCCUGGACGUGUUCUGGGGACCCCACGGGGCUGGGAAGGGAGUGAGGAAGUGGGGGUCUCACGAGGCUGAGGGGGCACGGGCCUGUUGUGCGCAGUAUUCCUCUGAGACUCGGGAGAAAGAGCCGGGGGUCUCCGUGCCUGGUGGGGCCGUUUUCCCCCCGACUCCCCCUCCUCCCUUUUAUUCCCCUCUCGCAGACCAUGGCCGUCCCUCUUUCCCCCACGCUGGUGCUGGGCGAGGCCUCGGAGAGCGACUCAGAGCCGGAGCCGGGGGGGAACACAGCCGGGACUCCCGCAGUGGGGCUGAAGGUUCCGGGGGAGGCGUCGGAGACCGAGGAGGAGGAGGAAGAGGACAGUGCGGCCCGGAUGCCGCUGCCAGGGGUGUCCAGGGGGGGCCCCUCACUGCUGCAGCAGAGGCUGGGGGCGGGCGAGGGGCGACUGCGGGGCGCAAUGGCUGAGGCACUGGGACGCAGUUUCAGUGGGGCUGCGCGGCUGCUGGAAGGUCUGGGGGGGCCCCUGGGCCGCGCCCAAGCUGGGGCAGCUGCGACCGCGCACUGCCUGUGCCUGGUGCGCCGUGACCUGCGCGCUGUGGCUGCCACCGUAGCCACCAUCACCGCCUGUCACCUGCUGCCUGACAUCCGUGGGGAGCUGUGAGAGUGGGAAUGUCUGUGGGGGGGGGGGGGGGGGGCAGUGCUGGCAGCUGUGGGGAGCUCCUGGCGUUGUUGUUGCAGUGUCACUGACACUGACCUUCAGCACUGUGUCCAAUGGACUCGAGGGUUGUGGUUGUCACUGAUGACAUUCUCAUUGUCACUGCAUUGCCAGUGCUGUGUCCCCUUGAGCUGAUGCUGCCAUCAACAGCACUGCCGCUGAUCGCUCAGUGUCCCAGCGAUGUCCCUGUGUCACCUGGCCUGUGGGGACCUUGGCCUCACAGUGACGUUGUCAGUGAAUGGAAGCUCCUGACGAUUGAUUGAUGCAGAAUUCUGUAGUUUUGCCCUGUAUAGGGGAUCUGUGGGUUCUGGCACUGACUAAAGCCCUUUGGAGACAUAGCUGCAGCAAGGACACAGCUUUCACUAGGUGGGUGGCAGUGUGUUCACCCACGGCACUGUGGUCCCAGUGGUCUGAGCAAGGUCCCUUUUGUUGCCCCCCAUGUCUUUGGGCUGUGGUUGUGUCCUUUGCGUCCCUUCCUGCCAUAUGAAUGUCUCCAGCAUCUGGCCACUGUCCCCAAGCUGUGGCUAUGUCCUGUCACCCUAAGUGCCCCUUGGCCUUGUCCUUAGCUCUCUCCUACCUCUGUGUACCCCUCUGAGAACUUCAGCCAGGGACAGGGAGAAGUACAUACGAAUCUCACACCACGGAGCCACAUGGGUCUGUCACGCUGCAUCCUGCCUGGGCUGUCACGUCCUGUGGGACACCAGGGGAUACACCCUGGGUGCUAGUGGGCUUGUGGCACCAAAAUGCCCGGGGCCUGAUGAGGGUCCUGGGGGCUCCUGGCGUCUCCAGAAGGGUCCCAACUGUCCCCAGGGACUGACCUGAGGGGUAGUGGAAAACCAGGAUGAAGGUUCACUUUCCCCAUUCCCCUGUGUUGUGGCAAAGGGGAAAGGUUUUGUGAAGAGCACAGUGGUGUUGGAUUCUGUUCAUAAAGAUUCUAGACCUCGGUUCCCUUCCCGUAUCCAAAUUAGAAUGAAAGAUAGUAUUAACAAUUCAUCUUUUGAGGAAGAACCUCUGAGCACUUGUAACUGGCAGUGCUUUGAUAUUCUAGGUAACCUGUUCCAUAAGGAGUGCUGGGUGAUGCUGACUGAUACUGUCAAUUGUGAGCAUGCUCCACAGAAAGUUUCCCUCUGUGGGAGUGAGGAAACAAAAUGUGGUGAUUCAGUACUGUGGGGUUAUUAUGGGGUUACUAGAGUCUAGGAUUCUAGAGUCUGAGGAUUCUAUGAAUUGAUUAUUGGAGGAUUCUAUGAGGAUGCUAUGAGGAUACCAGCUCCUGUGAUUAUAAGUUCUGUUAUUUCAGAUUCUGUGAUCGUUUCAUGAUUCUAGAUUCCUUGACUCUGUGAUGAUUCUGGGCUUCAGUUGUGUGGUGAUUCUGAUUCCUCACUAAGAGUAUAGAUUCCCAGACUUGUAGCUACGCAAUACGAUGCGUUUCCAUCUCCACUCCUGUGCAUAGUGUGUGGCAUAGUUCUGAGUGCCUGACACAGCCCAAGCAAAAUCAAUUUCUGUAGGUUAUUACUAAAUAAAAAAAUAAAUCAAUAAAUUUCUUGCUUUAGUUUCUGCUCCCUGAUCCAUUUAUUUAUGUUCUCCCUUGCUUCAUAUGUAACUUCCAAACUUGGCAUUUUGCAGAUAAUACCUUUUCCCCCUUUCGUCCUUUGGUGGCCCCUAAUGGUCUCUUCUUUCUCAGUUAGAACAGUUGUCAUGAGCCUAUUCAUAUAGGAAUUUGGGACUGGAGUUCACUCCGUGACUCUUAUCAUAGUUGAUGUCCCUAGUUGCUAUCGUGCAGACUUCACCAAUUUAUAACAGAUGGAUACAGCUACGAUAUACACUCCUAAGAGGGAAGCAGGAAUGUAUAUUUAUUGAUGUAAUGUAGAUAUGCUGUAGUGAUAUGACAGUGACUUAACAAGACUGGAGAUGGCUGGAUACACUUGGUUAUUUUCCACAUAGAGGGCAGGAUUAAACACACACCUACAGGACGCUCUCCUGCUGUGUCAUGAGGAUCAGAGCAGGCCCCGUUGCUGUCUGAACUCUUCAAACCACAGAGAUCACAGCAGUGUGAGUCUGACUGCGUCAGCGGAAGAGCUGCCUUCAUGGAGGUGCAGGUGCAGUCGGCCGUUGUGGAAUUCAUCCUGAACCACACUCUUCCACUCCAAAUCCAGCCCAGUCAUUGGAGAUGGAGGAGCAAGCACAGUGUAUUUGGAUGCUCUGCUUCCAAAAGUGCAACAGCUUCUGGAGACCCAGGUGGGACCCCACAGGUGACGGUCCUCUCGGCACCAAGUGUCCAGUUGCCAGCAGCAGGCUUGGAAGCACGCUACGUGUGGGAAAUAUACUUGGUGCAGGAAAGGGGAUGUCCUUAGCCAAGGUGCUGGAAAGCUGAAGGAAAACAGAUGAAACUGCAGAUCUAUCAACAAAAACCCGCUCUAUGAUUCUGCGUUUCUAUGACGUAAGCACCGGCCCCACGCAGCCCUGGUGCAGCACAUCACAAGAGCAGCAGCCCGCGGGGAGCCGCCACCCGGAAUCUCGGAGCCGUGAGGUCACAAUGCCCCGUCCAAUGGCUGUGCGGUGCUGUGCCGUGAGCUCACAAGGCCUGGCUGCGACGCUGUCCUGUGCUGCAGGCUUUGCUCUGUGCGACGCUCACUGUGGCUGCAGCGGUGGUGUUGGAAGCAUGGUGCGAGUGUGGGGAGCCAUGGCCCCUGCCCGCUUUGUCCUCUUCCUCCUACUGAUGGCCAUGUGUUUCCGGGAGACCUGUGCUGCUCCGUGGCGAGCACCGGGAGCAGGUGAUGAACUUGGUGCUCCCUUUCCGGAUGAUCGUUUGGAUCCGGAUUUUGUGCCUGUGCCUCUGGGACAACCCAGAGGCCCUGCUGGUGAAUCAGCAGAACAGAACCCUGCCUCUGAGCCUGAAGGGGAUGCUGGAGAUGUGACUGGAGGAGGUGAUCCAGGUUCCGCUCUGAGCUCUGGGACUGAAACUCCGGCAGAUCGCAUGGGAGUGCCCCCAGGGAGGGCUUUGCCCGGUCAUGUGUUUCCUCCUGCGCUGGAGCCCAGCUGGAAUCCCAGCGGUCCGGAAAAAGGAAAGGAUGAAUCCAAAAGAGGAAAAUACUCCCAGGGCUCAUCCCGUCUCCUCAAGGAACUGGUGAAGGAAAUGGAGAAGGCAGCGCGUGGAACUGACCAACAAAGUGAGCAGGAUGCACUGCAGGAAGAAGGCAGCCAUCCCACACUGCCAGUCUCGGGCAGAGGAACGCAGGCAGCGCCAACAACUGUCAUGCCAGGGAUGAAUGCCGGGACGAGCACAAAGGCUGCUGUUGGCAGAUCUGCGCGAAGGCGCCACAUCGCAGCGAUGGUACUGUUCUCAGCUGUGCUGCUGUCUGCGCUGGUGCUGGCCUGUGGUGCUGUGAUAUGGAUGUGCCAAAAAUACGUAGUGUGCAAGAGAGAAGAGAGAGCAGCAGAGCAGGCUCAUCCUGAUACCAACUAGGAGAGAGUUCCAACUGGAGACGAGGGCAGAACGGAGCUGGGAGAGGCAGCCGAAGAGACUCUUGCCCCAUCAAAGAAGAAUCUCAGCCAUCGUCCCAGUGCAUUCCAUUCUGCCAUCCAAGAGGCCAAAGGUCUUCAAAGUCAUCUGGAAGACUUGGAGCUUGAACUCAAAGCCGUGAAAGAGGUCCACGGGAACAGUCCUGAGUGCUGCUUUCUGUCAGGGGACGGCCCUGAAAGUGAGAGCGGAGAACCAGCAGCAGAGCUUUUGUCCUUCACCCUGCAUUCUCUGGGACAAGCAUCAGCAACUUUUCAAAGAUUCUUAGCUCAGCAUAGCUACAAUCCUGUUGAGGGUCCUAAUGAGGAGCCAGAAAGCGAGCUUCCUCUGACCGCUGGACAACACCUUAACGUCUUUGGAGCUGUGGAUGAGAAUGGCUGGUUUCAGGGAGAGCUGACAGAUGGCACAAGAGGACUGGUCCCAUCCAAUUUGGUUGCGGAGGUUUCAGAUGACGAACUGGAUACAACGAUGCCUCCGGAGCUCUGUGCUCUCCUGCUGGAUACUUGAUGAAUAAGUGGAUGCAGAGAUUCCAUCAUGCAGCAACAUCCUGUCAAAAUUCCUGCGUUACUCCAUCUGCAAGACUACCCCCUGCUCCACUUGAUGUUCAGGUGGAGUGUGUGCAGGACGUGGAUGAGCUCCUUUGGGAACACUCUGAGGUGACUGACAGUGUAACUGCAUAGUCUUGUGGUAUAUUAAACAAACAAACAAACACCACCCACAAUAAAACAAACAACCAACCAACCCAAAAA